CGACAUUCUCGAGUUGAGCGCGACGAACGAGUAAACAAUUUCAUUCACGACAUUGCACUGCGCCUCGCCUCACGCACUCUGCGAUAGCCCUUCCAAAACAACUCGCUUAAGUGUUCAAUUCUCCAACCCCGGCUUCCUCUCUUACCAAACCCCUGCACUGUCACUGCAGCACGGCAGCCCAGCAAACAUGAGCGGCUACGGGGAGGACGACGACUUCUAUGACUACGACGCGUGGAUGUAUAUCGAGGACGAGUAUUUACCUGCCGACGACCUAGCUGAGCACGCUGUGCACUCCCCGCCUCCCACUUUCGACCUCGAAGAAGACGAAGACGUGGAUAAUACCCAUUUCGAUUACUUCCUCGACUUGGACUACGGUUCCGACGGCUACGACGAUGCAGAAUUCUACACACACGACCCAAAGAGUCAGGACUCGAAAACAGGGCACAAGAGGAAGCGGGGGCCGGAUCUCGGCUCUCGCAGGAGGAAGAAGCAGAAAUUGGGAGAGGGACUUGCUGUUUCGUCGCCGGAGAUUCCAAGAGUUGUAAACCAACCAGUGGUAUGGCGCCAACAGGAGGAUCGAGGUACGCGUGCCAAGCUUCUAGAGGGAGAAACGGAGUCAUACGCCAUCAUGAAGGACUGGAGGGAACGACUUGCGGCGACGCCGGAGUGGAAGCCAGUGGUGUCAUCUCGGGCGGCAUCGCUCAAGCCAGAUGAAUCUGAGAAGGCUAAGGCGGAGCAAGUGGCGGACGAGCUUAUGCCUGACUUACGCGAUACUGAGGAGCUUGAUGACGCCGACGAGGGGAUGACCUCUGGCGCUCUGAUGGCGGCGCUCCAGCGAAACUUGGCUGCCGCUGGCGGUCCAUUGACUGGAAUGGAUCCUCAGCAACUGCUCCAAUUCGCGAUGCGGAUGAUGAAUGAUGAGGCCGCUGGGGAUGACAUUGCCGGGGAACUCGCUGAUGACCUCCUGGGCAGGUUACCCGAGGAGGGCGAUGACGAUGAAGAACCGCCGGCGGACAUAAUGGAAUGGCUUUCCAAGAACCGGCCACCUCAUCGAGAAAUCUCUCCGGAGACUGAUAUAGCUUCCGCAAACCCUUCACUCAAGUCGCCCCCCGUGGAGCGGAGACCACCCACACCGCCAGUGUGCGAAGCGAACACGGCACAUGCCAAAGACAAACUCAAGCAUCAGGGGGGAGCUAGGGUAUCUACACCUGUGGUCCUCGAGCAGAAUAGAUCCAGUCUCAGCAGUAAUCAGCCGAAGCGCAAGGCGAAAGAUGGAGUUGACAGCAUCAACGAAACUUCACCCAGGAAACGAGCAACUCGCAGCUACGAUGCGCCGACUGCAGCGAGUCAAGCUCGAGCUUCCAACCGGUCUUCUGGUGAUCGUCCUUCCAGGAAGCCUUCCUAGCCGCGUCGUCUGCCAUACCUUCGGACAGUCGAAAUAUUGCCCCUUUUGCAAUGCGUCUUUUCAAUAUCUCCGCCUGAUUUGCCAAGUCUCUCCUCGCUGAUCGAAUUCUCGCUCACCUUAUCGAAGAAAGCUUCUCGCAAGUCUUGGCGGUAGUGUGGUGGUGGGGUGGUCGACGAUAUGGUUGACCACCUGCCACCUAAACAAUGCGAAAAGAAAUUCAUUGGAGUAUUAUUCUCACCGAGACGACGGAUGAAUGUGAGGAAAUGGAGCAGAGGGAAGGAGGGAAAGCGAAUGGGAAAAGAGGGAGGAGGAAAAGGGGAACAAGGACGGGGGGGAAGUCAGGGGAAGACCCUCGCACCAUAGUCACACAUGACAUGUCCAGGACAAUUAUCACUAUUAAGUCAUGUCACUGCAAUGCAGCGGUUCUACGAUCCCAGCCUUGAGUGCUCCUGUCUGACCUCUUCUUAUC